UUAGUCCGCUAGGGGCAGACCUUGAGUUGGAGCCUAUUGGCCUACCGAAAUGUGUUCUAUGACUAAAAAGAAAGUCAAGGUGAUAAAUGUAUUAUAUGUUAGUAGAAAUGGCAAUACUAACGAGGUGUCUAUUCUCCAUGUCAGUUUAUCAGCACUUGUCUCCUGUCUGCCAGCGAGGAGGAGGAGGAGGUCUCUGUUGUUUCUUCAUUUACGUCACCCCUCUUUCAAUCCCUUCCUCCUUCCGUCCUGCUCUACAUACAACGUCAACGGGGGACACCACGUUCAAACUGGUUUCUCAUAUUAACACCCACCACAAUCACUUCGCCACCAUAAACCUCUUUUGGAACCAGGAGGAAGCCAGCAGGCGCCUGGUUAGAUGUGAGCCCAGGGAGAUGGCCAGACAGGUUGAUUCUGGCACUCAGACUGAUCCUGUGGUGGUUCUGUCUCUAGCCCAGGCUGCUGUUCUGGGGCUCAUCUCUCAGAAUGAGGUGUUUGGUGCUACCAUCGCUCCUAAUGGCUUCUACACAGGAGAACCUAAAGAGUCCCCUGCCCUGCCUGUAGAGGGGGUGGAUUACGAAUACGCUGAUCAGCUGAUAGGAGCUAACGGAGAUUACCUGGGAGAAAACCUGCCUGAAGACGGACACAUGCAGCCCAGCUGUAGCCAGAGGAGGUGGCACGGCCCACCCCCCGAGGGGAAGAUGGUAGGGCCCGAGCGCCAUGCUGGAGUGCCUGUGGACGGGUCAUCCCAAGUGAAAGGAGAAGGGGUUAUCACUGGCCUGACGUCCUGUGUUCACAUGCUGAACAACCUGGCUACUACUAGAGGGGGAUUGGUCCAGGUUGACCCCGCCUCUCUCCGUGCCGCCGCCCAAAAAGGCUGUGCCGAGUGUGACAGAGACAUGUCCAGCCAGCAGGCUAACACACACCCUCACACACACUCCCAGGCAGGGCACAGCCAUAAAGGGGAGCCGGGGCAUCGAGGCCUGCAGGGGCAGAGGGGGCAUCAGGAGAGAGCGAGGGAGGAGGAGGAGGAGGGAGAGCAGGGAAACAGCCUGAUGAAAGGAGGACAGGAGGAGACUAUCAGCAGCUACUUCCAGUCCAGCGAGGUGGGGGGGUACGAGGGGGGGGAGAUCUACCAUGAGAACAGCCAGGGUAUGAUGUGGGGCAACCAGCUGGAGCAGGGGGUAGGGGGAAGAGGAGGAGCAGGAGCAGGAAGAGGAGGGACCCAUCGUCACCACGGCCGGAGGGUUGACCGUCUAGACAUCAACAUCCAGAUAGAUGAGUCGUACUGCGUGGACAUGGGGAGGGGCUAA